GAAACCGAUUAUGUCAUUCCCCUAUUCUCUGGAUCCUAACAAGGAAGACAAUCCUUAUCAUCCUUUUCCUCCUGAAUCAGAAUCUCUUUUAUCACCAUCAUCUGCAAAAGUCCUUCACCAAAAAGAUGGUACUAGAGAAAAAGGAAUAAGCAAAACAACAAGCCUGGAAGACAUUGAAGAUGAAGGGUCUUCUUCUUCAUUUUCUCACAGGAAAAUUGCACCAAUCAAUAGAUACGCUCUUGCUGGUGCCAUUUUGGCUUCCACCAACUCUGUUCUACUAGGCUAUGAUAUUGGGGUAAUGAGUGGAGCUGUGCUUUUCAUCAAAGAAGACAUGAAAAUCACAUCGACUCAAGUUGAAAUUUUGGUUGGUUCUCUAAAUGUAUGUUCCUUAAUCGGCUCCCUAGCUUCAGGCAAGACCUCAGAUUGGAUAGGGAGGCGUUACACCAUAAUCCUCGCCGCCGCCACAUUCCUAAUCGGCGCCAUCCUAAUGGGUCUCGCCCCAUCAUAUUCAAUUCUCCUCGUCGGAAGAUUAAUCGCCGGAAUAGGCGUCGGCUACUCCCUAAUGAUUGCCCCGGUCUACGUCGCUGAGCUUUCCCCAACUCUGACCCGCGGAUUCCUCACCUCCCUCCCUGAGGUCUUCAUCAAUAUCGGAAUUUUACUCGGCUACAUCUCCAAUUACGCUCUGUCGGGCCUACCAGAAACUUUAAAUUGGCGACUCAUGCUAGGACUUGCGGCGGUUCCAGCGGUGGUGGUCGCGAUCGGGGUUUUGGCGAUGCCAGAAUCGCCUCGGUGGCUGGUAAUGCGAGGAAGGAGAGACGAGGCGAGGAAGGUCCUAAUCAAAACCUCAGAGACGAAAGAGGAAGCCGAACUGAGAUUGAAGGAGAUCGUCGAAGCGGCGUCGUUUUCCCUCGGCGGUGCUUCUUCAAGCAGUGCAUGGCAAGGAGAAGGAGUUUGGAAGGAGAUGAUUUUCAGACCUUCGAGACAGCUUCGACGGAUCCUAAUUGCUGCCAUUGGAGUCAAUUUCUUCAUGCAAGCUUCAGGAAACGACGCCGUUGUGUAUUACAGCCCCGAGGUUUUCAGAGACGCUGGCAUCGCGAACAGAAGACAGCAAGUAGGAGUGACCGUCAUAAUGGGCCUUGCCAAGACCUCAUUCGUUUUAAUUUCAGCCUUUUACUUGGACAAGUUUGGUCGACGACCGCUUUUGUUAUUGGGCUCAAUUGGGAUAGCCUUGUCAUUAGCUGGGUUGGGCCUGGGUUCUAAGUAUCUCCAGUAUUCAGAUGAGAAGCCCAUUUGGGCUAUAGUUCUUUGCGUUGUAGCUGUUUGCUCAGCGGUUUCGUUCUUUUCUAUUGGGCUUGGGCCCAUAACAUGGGUGUACUCGUCGGAGAUCUUUCCAAUGAAGUUUCGAGCCCAAGGUUCUAGCUUGGCAAUUUCUGUGAACAGAUUGGUAAGUGGGGUUGUGUCCAUGACAUUUUUAAGCAUCUCUAGGGAGAUAUCGUUUGGGGGAACAUUUUUUGCUUUGUCUGCAAUAAUGGUAGUUGGUACCGUUUUCUUUUACUUCUUUUUACCUGAAACCAAAGGUAAGAGCUUAGAAGAGAUUGGGACCCUAUUCGAGGAUCGAGUGGAAAAUGACCAAUACAAGCUUCUUCUUUCUUGAUCUAAUUUGUUGUUGAGAAAUGUAAAGAGUCCCGCAGCAAGUUUUGUAUAAUAAUGGAAAUGUCAAGAGUGACACUCCAAUUUCUUGUAAUAUUUACAAUUUAUUAACUUUGGUCUAGUUGUGGUAGAUGGAGGAAUCAAUCAGUGUGGGAUAUGAUUAGUUUUCAUUCCUUCUUUUUUUUAUAUCAGUUUUUUAUGUUAUAACUUUUCUGACAAAAGCCACUUGUACAAUGUAACAUGCUUAUUUUGUAGUUGACUAACUACUACUCUUAAAUGCCACACUCAAAGUUAAAUUAAUAUGCAAUAGUAGUAUUUGUCUGU